ACUAGGCUUGUCCCGGCCUCUCGCCCCUUGGCCCCGCCCCUUGGCCCCACCCCUAUGACCCCGCUUCUGACGCAAGGGGCGGGGCGUCCAGCGUGCACCUCCCCAGCCGCAGACCUGCGCCUGCGCGGGCCGGAGUUUCAGCGCUGCGAUGACUGCCAGCUCGGCGGAGCAGCUGCGCAAGGAGGGCAACGAGCUGUUCAAAUGCGGAGACUACGAGGGAGCCCUGACGGCCUACACCCAGGCCCUGGAUCUGGGCGCCACGCCCCAGGACCGGGCCGUCCUGCACCGGAACCGGGCCGCCUGCCACCUCAAGCUGGAAGAGUACGAGAAAGCAGAAACGGAGGCUUCUAAAGCCAUUGACAAGGACGGUGGCGAUGUGAAGGCCCUUUACCGGCGGAGUCAAGCCCUAGAGAAGCUGGGCCGCCUGGACCAGGCUGUCCUUGACCUACAGAGAUGUGUGAGCCUCGAGCCCAAGAACAAAGUUUUCCAGGAGGCCCUGCGGAGCAUUGGGGGGCAGAUACAGGAGAAGGUACGAUACAUGUCCUCGACAGAUGCCAAGGUGGAGCAGAUGUUCCAGAUCUUGCUGGACCCAGACGAGAAAGGCACUGAGAAGAAACAGAAGGCUUCCCAGAACCUGGUGGUGCUGGCACGGGAGGAUGCUGGAGCUGAGAAGAUCUUCCGGAAUAAUGGAGUUCAGCUCCUGCAGCGCCUGCUGGACACAGGAGAGACAGACCUCAUGCUGGCAGCCUUGCGCACGCUAGUUGGCAUUUGCUCUGAGCACCAGUCCCGGACAGUGGCAACCCUGAGUGUGCUGGGAACUCGGCGUGUGGUGUCCAUCCUGGGCGUAGAAAACCAGGCCGUGUCCCUGGCUGCCUGCCACCUGCUGCAGGUGAUGUUUGAUGCCCUCAGGGAAGGUGUCAAGAAAGGCUUCCGAGGCAAGGAGGGCGCCAUCAUCGUGGAGCCCGGCCGGGAACUGAAGGUCCUCAUCACUAACCUCCUAGAGCUGCUGACUGAGGUGGGUGUCUCUGGCCAGGGCCGAGACAAUGCCCUGACCCUCCUGAUCAAAAUGGUGCCCCGGAAGUCUCCUAAGGACCCCGACAAUAGCCUCACUCUCUGGAUCAUUGACCAAGGUCUGAAAAAGAUCCUGCAGGUGGGGGGCUCCCUGCAGGACCCUGCCGGGGAACUUGCAGUGACAGCCAACAGCCGAAUGAGCGCCUCCAUUCUGCUCAGCAAGCUCUUCGAUGACCUGAAGUGUGACGCCGAGCGAGAGAAUUUCCACCGACUCUGUGAGAGUUAUAUCAAGAGCUGGUUUGAAGGCCAAGGGCUGGCUGGGAAGCUGCGGGCCAUCCAGACGGUGUCCUGCCUCCUGCAGGGCCCAUGUGAUGCCGGCAACCGGGCCUUGGAGCUAAGCGGGGUCAUGGAGAGCGUGAUCGCCCUGUGUGCCUCCGAGCAGGAGGAGGAGCAGCUGGUGGCUGUGGAGGCGCUGAUCCACGCGGCUGGCAAGGCCAAGCGGGCCUCGUUCAUCACUGCCAGUGGCGUCUCACUGCUGAAGGACCUGUACAAGCGUAGCGAGAAGGACAGCAUCCGGAUCCGGGCGCUGGUGGGACUCUGCAAGCUCGGCUCGGCUGGCGGGACUGACUUUAGCAUGAAGCAGUUCGCCGAAGGUUCCACUCUCAAACUGGCCAAGCAGUGUCGGAAGUGGCUCUGCAAUGAGCAGAUUGACGCAGGCACGCGGCGCUGGGCCGUGGAGGGCCUGGCUUACCUCACCUUUGACGCUGAUGUGAAAGAAGAAUUUGUGGAGGAUGGGGCCGCUCUAAAGGCACUCUUCCAGCUCAGCAGGUCUGAGGAGAGGUCUGUGCUCUUUGCGGUGGCCUCGGCCCUGGUUAACUGUACUAACAGCUACGACUACGAGGAACCUGACCCCAAGAUGGUGGAGCUGGCCAAGUAUGCCAAACAGCAUGUGCCUGAGCAGCAUCCCAAGGACAAGCCUAGCUUCGUACAAGUGAGGGUGAAGAAGCUGCUGGCAGCUGGCGUGGUGUCAGCCAUGACCUGCAUGGUAAAGACCGAAAGCCCUGUGCUGACCAAUUCCUGCCGAGAGCUGCUCUCCAGGGUCUUCCUGGCUCUGGUGGAGGAGGUGGAGGACCGAGGCGUGGUGGUGGCUCAGGGUGGGGGCAAGGCACUGAUCCCGCUGGCCCUGGAAGGUACCGAGGUGGGGCAGACCAAGGCUGCCCAGGCCCUCGCCAAGCUCACCAUCACCUCCAACCCAGAGAUGACCUUUCCUGGUGAGCGGAUCUAUGAGGUGGUCCGGCCCCUCGUCUCCCUGCUGCAUCUUGACCGCUCAGGACUGCAGAACUUCGAGGCGCUCAUGGCCCUAACAAACCUGGCUGGGAUCAGCGAGAGGCUCCAACAGAAGAUCCUGAAGGAGAAGGCUGUGCCCAUGAUCGAGGGCUACAUGUUCGAGGAACAUGAGAUGCUCCGGCGGGCAGCCACAGAAUGCAUGUGUAACCUGGCCAUGAACAAGGAGGUACAGGACCUCUUUGAAGCAGAGGGCAAUGACCGGCUAAAGCUGCUGGUGCUGUACAGCGGAGAGGAUGACGAGCUGCUACGGAGGGCAGCUGCCGGGGGCCUGGCCAUGCUUACCUCUGCACGACCCUCUCUGUGCAGCCGCAUCCCCCAAGUGACCACGCACUGGCUGGAGAUCCUGCAGGCCCUGCUUCUGAGCCCCAACCAGGAGCUGCAGCACCGGGGUGCUGUGGUGGUGUUGAACAUGGUGGAGGCCUCGAGGGAGAUCGCCAGCACCCUGAUGGAGAGCGAGGUGCUGGAGAUCCUGUCGGUGCUGGCUAAGGGCAAGGAAGGGCCUGUUGCCAGGGCUGCUGCUGCUUGCCUGGUAAAGGCGGUGGAAUACGGGCUUAUCCAGCCUAACCAGGGUGCAGAGUGAGGGGCUCCCUUCCCCGAGGCUCAGGUGCACGCUUGCUAUGACAGCACUGAGGAGGACAGAGGAGCUCUGGCUAACUGAGGCUGGGGUGCUGAGCACAGUGGCUCCCCCUCUGCCAGCUUUGAUGUCCUCUUCCAAGUUAAGAUCCACAUUCAGCCACACUGCCGAAGCACGCCAGCACGGCCUCAAGCCUCACUUAGAAGGCACUGGUGUUUUCUGUACUCCAGAGAGCUGGGAGGGCCCGGUGCAGCCCUGCCCAGCCUGUGCAUUCUGGGCCCGGGGCGCCUGGGUCUAGCACCUGUGCACAUGCCUCACGCCUGCUGUAGGCCUGCCUGCUAGGGUACAGCGUGUGGGACUCAGAUGUGUGCCCUGGCACUGAGCAGAGAAGGCUGCGGAGGGAGAAACAGGAGAUGGGCAGGGUGGUUGGAGACCACCUCUGGAGAGGGCUUCCCAGGGGUCCUACCCCGCCUCGCUGUCGGAGGACCAGGGGGUGAGCCUAGGAAGCUAAUCAAUAAACUGCAGUUUUAUGGAAAUAAA